GGUGACCUCUCAGGUGGCUGCAGAGGCAGCUGGGUAUCAAACCAGUAAUAAACAGGGAAACACCCAAAGGGAGGGAGCAGGUCCUUGCCCUGCUCCGCCUGUUCUCUCCUCCUCUUCUUCCCACCUCCUCAGUGUGGAGUGGAGGAGAGCAGGAGCCAGUUCCCCGGCUGCAGCAUUAGCAGGGGCCUCACCAGUGGCAGAGAGAGAGGAAGGGGAGGAGGAUGUGGGCUGUGGGGGGCACAGUGCUGAGUGAAUUUCUGUAGGAGGGCCAGUCGACCAGAAAGUGGCCUUUGUUCCAAUGGAUCUGGAGAACCUGCCCGUCAUCAAUAACUACUUGGAUGCCAGCGAGGCUGUGUCCUCAGAGGCCCCCCUGAGCCGCAUGCACUUCCACGACAACCAAAGGAAGGUUGACUACGUGCUCGCCUACCACUACCGAAAGCGUGGGUCACACCUGGGCCACGGCUCCCCUGGUCACUCACUGGCUGUCAUCUCCAAUGGGGAGACAGGCAAGGAGCGCCAUGCUGGGGGACCCAGUGACAUUGAGCUGGGCCCACUUGAUGCUCUGGAGGAGGAGAGGAGGGAGCAACGAGAGGAGUUUGAGAAUAACCUGGUGGCAGCUGGCCUGGAACUGGAAAAGGACUUGGAGGGUAAAAGCCAGGGAUCCAUCUUUGUCCGGAUACACGCCCCGUGGCAGGUGCUGGCCAGAGAGGCAGAAUUUUUGAAGAUCAAAGUUCCCACCAAGAAAAUGUACGAGAUCAAAGCAGGAGGCAGUAUUGCGAAGAAGUUCAACGCAGUUCUGCAGAAGCUGAGCUCAUCACUGCAGCCCAGAGUUCCAGACCACAGCAACAACAGGAUGAAGAACCUUUCCUACCCAUUCUCUAGGGAGAAAAUGUACCUGUACAACAUCCAGGAGAAGGAUACCUUCUUUGACAACGCCACCCGAAGCCGCAUUGUGCAUGAGAUUCUGAAGCGCACCGUCUGUUCUCGAGCUAACAACACUAUGGGUAUUAACUCGCUGAUAGCAAAUAAUAUCUAUGAGGCUGCCUACCCGCUUCAUGACGGUGAAUAUGACAGUCCAGGGGAUGACAUGAAUGACAGAAAGCUGCUGUAUCAAGAGUGGGCACGCUAUGGAGUGUUUUAUAAGUUUCAACCCAUUGACCUCAUCAGAAAGUAUUUUGGAGAAAAAAUUGGACUCUACUUUGCCUGGCUGGGAUUGUAUACAUCAUUUCUCAUCCCAUCUUCUGUAAUUGGGGUCAUCGUGUUUCUGUAUGGUUGUGCAACAAUUGAAGAAGAUAUCCCCAGCAAAGAGAUGUGUGACCAGCAGAACGCCUUCACCAUGUGUCCCCUUUGUGACAAGUCCUGUGACUACUGGAAUCUCAGCUCAGCCUGUGGGACCGCGCGGGCCAGCCACUUGUUUGACAACCCUGCCACUGUCUUCUUCUCCAUCUUCAUGGCUCUGUGGGCUACCAUGUUUUUGGAAAACUGGAAAAGACUACAAAUGCGACUGGGCUACUUCUGGGACCUGACUGGUAUUGAAGAGGAAGAAGAGCAUUCCCGGCCUGAAUAUGAAACCAAAGUUCGAGAGAAAAUGUUAAAGGAGAAUGACAAGUCGGUGGUCCAAAAAUUGGAAAUAAAUGCAGCUGAAAAAGAUGAUGAGGAUGAUGAUGAAGAUAAACUUAACUGGAAAGAUCGGUGCCCAGGUUACUUGAUGAACUUUGCCUCCAUCUUGUUCAUGAUUGCCUUGACGUUCUCGAUCGUUUUUGGGGUCAUUGUGUAUCGGAUCACAACUGCGGCUGCUCUGUCUCUCAACAAGGCCACACGCUCCAAUGUCCGUGUGACAGUAACAGCCACGGCGGUCAUCAUCAACCUCGUAGUCAUCCUCAUUCUGGACGAGAUCUAUGGAGCCGUGGCCAAGUGGCUCACCAAAAUAGAGGUUCCAAAAACAGAACAGACUUUUGAAGAGCGCUUGAUACUCAAAGCUUUCUUGCUAAAGUUUGUCAAUGCCUACUCUCCCAUCUUCUACGUGGCCUUUUUCAAGGGGAGGUUUGUGGGCAGGCCUGGAAGCUAUGUCUAUGUGUUUGAUGGCUACCGCAUGGAAGAGUGUGCUCCAGGGGGCUGCCUCAUGGAGCUCUGCAUUCAGCUCAGCAUCAUCAUGUUGGGAAAGCAGUUGAUCCAGAACAACAUCUUUGAGAUUGGAGUCCCGAAACUAAAGAAACUGUUUCGGAAGCUGAAAGAUGAGACAGAACCCGGAGAAGCUGACCCCCAGCAUUCAAAGCAUCCAGAGCAGUGGGACCUGGACUAUAGCCUAGAGCCAUACACGGGGCUGACUCCAGAGUACAUGGAAAUGAUCAUUCAGUUCGGUUUUGUCACUCUCUUUGUGGCCUCCUUUCCUCUGGCACCUGUGUUUGCCCUCCUCAACAAUGUCAUCGAAGUGCGACUAGAUGCUAAAAAGUUUGUCACGGAGCUGAGACGUCCAGAUGCUGUGAGAACCAAAGAUAUUGGAAUUUGGUUUGACAUUCUCUCCGGAAUCGGCAAGUUCUCUGUUAUUAUCAAUGCUUUCGUCAUUGCUGUCACCUCUGACUUUAUCCCCCGCCUGGUGUACCAGUACUCCUAUAGCCACAACGGGACUCUGCAUGGCUUUGUGAACCACACCCUCUCCUUCUUCAAUGUCAGCCAGUUGAAGGAGGGGACGCAGCCAGAAAACUCACAGUUUGACCAGGAGGUCCAGUUCUGCAGAUUCAAGGAUUACCGAGAGCCACCAUGGGCACCAAACCCAUACGAGUUUUCUAAACAGUACUGGUCUGUUCUAUCUGCCCGACUGGCUUUUGUCAUAAUCUUCCAGAACCUCGUGAUGUUCCUGAGUGUCCUUGUGGAUUGGAUGAUCCCAGACAUCCCCACAGACAUCAGCGACCAGAUCAAGAAAGAGAAGAGCUUGUUGGUGGACUUCUUCCUGAAAGAGGAGCAUGAGAAGCUCAAGCUUGCUGACGAGCCUGCCCAGAGGAGCCAGGGAGGUGGGGACCGUAGCAGGAGGAGCCGGGCAGCCAGCUCAGCUCCUUCCAGCCUGAGCCCAGCAGGCAGCAGAGCCUCUUCAGGCUCCCAACACACCAACGUGUGAGCAGUCCCGCCCUGUGCCAGAGGGGGCGCUGCAGUAGCUAAGCGCUUGCGCACACUAAGUCGCAAAUCCCCAACCACGGAUGGUGAACCUAUGGCACACAGCGGGCUGUUUAUUAUCACUGACAGCUCUAAAAGGUUUGCCAUCACUGCGAGCCAAGUGCACUCCACUUGGAUCCAGCUUGGGGCUGGCUCAGAAAGAAAUUGUCUGUGAAAAUAAAGGAAAAGAGAGCAAGAGUGAGUGCUAGAAGAGAAGUGAUGUUGCUUCUCUAAAACUCAAGCUUAAGAUUCUUUUAGCCCCUUGUGAGUUGUGUUCUUCUGGAGAUUGGUACCUUCUCUGGGGUCUCUGCAUCCCGGAGUCCUCAGGCAUCAGAUGCCUUCUUCCCAUGUUCUUUCUCUUCACCAUGGUUCCAGAUGACCAUAGGCUGCAAGAGAGAAGUACAGGCAGAUCCCUGCCCCACUGUAAGUGACUACCAUGUCCUUCCAUAUCACCCCCUGACACCUCCUCUGAGCCACUGGCAGCUGGGGACACCAGAGGUCUUGGUGGAUGCUAAGUUUCAGAGCUGACUGUGCAGUCACUGGACACGGUGGUGAGGCCCUGAGGUCCAUCUGGGCUUGUCUCCAGUUCAUGUCACAGGGAUGUCUGAGCUUCAGUACAACCACCUGUCAUUUCACAGCAGAUUCAAAAUAAAUGGAAACAUACUUUUUAAAGAUG